GUUGUAUCACAGGAAGUGGUGUGAGAAAUGCGGAGAGACCCCAGAUCACCCUAUUCCCCGCGAUUAUAUCCCACUUCUCCAUACCCGGGGUUGCAUACUAACUGAGACCAGGUAGUCGAUGAGUGUUACCCAUCGCAAGGUAGUGUAUUGCGAGUUGAGGGUCAUCGUCGAUACAAAAACAGCCAUGUCUCCCACUUUAUCAUCAACUUAUCCUCCUCAGAUCGAUAACAUUCAUCGCAACAACACCAAUAAAAGAUCAACUGUCGACACGAAAUGAAUCAUCUCCGCCAUCGUUUGCCUGCCCCUCGGCUGGAUCGCAUUGCCUCCAAAGCCCGUCGGGAUCAAGAAACAGGGUCCGAAUCCAACGCGUACCAACCCUCUCGCCUUACGGAAUUGGCCCAGCAGGCUCCGCCGUGGUAUCAAUCUGCUGCGCGACGACAUCUGUAUUUGCUCUUGUUUCCGGCCUGUGUCAUUUCCUACGCAACCAGUGGCUACGAUGGAUCGAUGAUGAAUUCCUUGCAAACAGUCUCGUACUGGGAUGAGUUCUUCGGCACCCCUCGUGGGUCGCAACUUGGGCUCAUGAGCGCCAUCAUGUCUCUAGGCAGCAUCUGCUCCACGCCUGUGGCUCCUUGGGUAGCCGAUCGUUUUGGACGACGAUGGGGAAUCACCGUUGGCAGUAUCAUCAUGAUCAUCGGCGCUAUAUUGCAGUGCGAGAGCACCACCUUUGCCAUGUUCGUCGGUAGCCGGUUCGUCUUGGGCUUCGGUUUGUCAUUUGCAACCACCGCGUCUCCGAGCAUGGUGAGCGAGCUGGCACAUCCCAAAGACCGCGUGACAAUUACCGCCAUCUGCAACACAUGCUGGUUCUUGGGUAGCAUUACUGCUGCCUGGGUCACUUAUGGAACACGAACGAUUCCCAGCACCUGGUCCUGGCGUCUCCCAUCUCUCCUCCAGAUGGCACCGAGUGUUAUUCAGCUCUCAACAGUGUGGUUUUUGCCCGAAUCACCUAGGUGGCUCAUUUCGAAUGACCGCGACUCCGAAGCACUCGCAGCUCUUUCUCGGUAUCAUGGCGACGGAGCCGAAACCGAACUGGUUAAAAUGGAAUAUAACGAGAUUAGAUCAGCCAUCGAGCACGAAAAAUCGUCGGGACAAACAACUUGGAAAUCUAUGAUCAGUACCCCGGGCAACCGUUAUCGAAUGUUCUUGGUUGUUUGCAUGGGCGUUUUCAGUCAAUGGAGUGGCAAUGGCCUCAUUUCUUACUAUCUUUCUCGAAUCAUGGACUCGGUGGGCAUCAAGGAUAAAACCACCCAGGCCUUGGUGAAUGGCCUUGUCAACAUCUGGAAUUGGGCUCUAGCCUUGACAACCGCCUUCUUCGUCGAGAGGAUCGGCCGUCGCCCACUGUUCCGCGUCUCAACCAUUGGCAUGCUACUCGUUUUCGCUGGAUGGACCGUGGCGUCUGCACGCUUUGCAGAGACCGAAGCCCGUUCAGCAGGUCUUGCUGUCAUGGCACUGAUUUUCAUCUACGAGAUCUUUUACUGCAUAGCUUUCUCGCCGCUGCCAGUCGCAUAUUCGGUCGAAGUACUGCCAUACUCUAUCCGCGCAAAGGGUAUGGCCACUUAUGUGUUUUCCACCAAAGCCGCGGUUUUUGUCAACCAAUUUGUCAAUCCCAUUGGCCUCGAGAGAAUUGGCUGGAAGUUCUAUAUUGUUUAUGUAGUUAUUCUUGCCGUGGAGAGCUUUAUAGCCUAUGGGUGGUUUGUGGAGACGAAGGGUAAAACGCUCGAGGAGAUUGCUGUGAUUUUCGAUGGCGCCGAGGGUGAUUGUGUUGCCGGUGCUAAGACAUCAAAGGUUAUCCAGGUUGAGGAAACAGAAAAUGCGGGUUUGGAAGCGGGAAAAUAA